AUGGAGAUGGCACCGAAUGUUGUUCCUGAAGUUCCUUCGAGUAGAUCUCAGCCAACCAAGAAUCUCCGCAAUCCUCUACCGCUUUCCGCGACACAGGAGCAAGAGGUGCGUAAGUUAUACUACGCCCGCGUAAGGGCGCAAUGUGCGGACGAGAUCAAAGAAUUUGCACAAUGCGCCAAAGGCCGCAUGUUCUCGGUAUCAUGGGCUUGCAAAACCCAACAGUUCAACAUGAACUCCUGUAUGCUUGCUCACGCCACCUAUGCUGAGGAAGAUGCUGCGCGAGAAGAAUGGUUCGCUGGGGUUGCGGAUCGUAAAAGGAAGAAGGAAGAAGAAGCUGCGGCCGUUGAAGCUAGAAGGAUGAGACUGAUUGAAUUGACCGUGAAAGAGGAAGAGCGAGAAAAGGCGGAAGCGGAAGCCAAAAGAAAACAGCAGGAAGCCUCCAAAGCCGGAAAAGGUUGGUGGCGGUAA